AUGGAUUCCGAUGAAAUUUUGAGUAGCGAAGUGCAAAAAUAUCCAUUUUUGUACAACCUUAAGGAUGAGGGGUAUAAAAAUGCUCUGAAAAAGGAGGAAGUGUGGUUGCAGAUAAGCGAAGUAUUGGGCCAAGAAGAACUGGAGCAAUGUUUCGAAGUGGAGGAAAGUGUUAUUGAAGUGCAGGGAGAAGAAGACGAAGUACACACAGCAACACCACGCCAAUCGCGACGCAAACACGACAUGAUUGAUGACGACUUUCGUUUUUUCCUAGAGGAAACUUCAAGUUCCCUGAAGGAAACGUGCGACACAUUUGCUGCUGCUGCAAAUAGCAUUACAAUCGCAAAUGCUAAUAAUGUGCCAAAUGCUUCCGCGAGUAUGUUUCAAGGAAUUGCUCAAAUCAUUACGGCACACAAGUUAACCCGCAGGAAGAAGCGACGUUGGUGGGAAAAAUUACCACAUAUGCUUUGA